CCUCGCUGCUCCUCCACUGUUCGACCGAUCGAGCGGGAUGAAUCUCCCGGCGAUCGCCUGCGCCCUCCUCCUACUUCUCCAUCUCAAUGUUUCUCCCGUGGCGUCGUCCCGGCCGCAGCCACAGGGGCUCGGGAAGGGGCGCCACCACGACCAUAACGGGCACAGCGGCAACGACGGGCACCAACACCAUCACUCCGACGACUACAACGGGUACAGCUUCUACGUCUUCGGCGACUCCUUCGCCGACAACGGCAACCUCGUCAAGAUGAACCCAUUAUCCGAGCUCAAUCGCCAGUGGCGCCCUCCAUACAGGGCCAACGGCCGCUUCUCCAACAGCAUGGUUGAAUCCGACUUCAUCGCCUCCAUGUUAGGGCAGAUGAAAUCCCCUCCGGCGCACAGCCUCACGCGCAAGGUCGGCCCGGCCGGCUUGAACUUCGCUGCCGGCGGCUCCGGUGUGUAUGACGUGCCGCACACCCACACGCUCGCCAGGCAGAUCCACACCUUCCACAAGCUCGUCAAGGACGGAGACAUCCACCAAGAGCGCCUCGCAUCAAAAUCCGUCGCGCUCGUCGCCGUCUCCGGCAACGACUACGCCCGCCUCCCCGCCGACACCAAAAGCUUCGCCGAGGUGGACGAUUUCGCCAAGAAUGUGGCCGAGGAGAUCGCGGCGAAUGUGCGGCGCCUAAAGGACAUCGGCAUGCAGAAGGUGCUCGUCAACAACCUCUUCCCUUUCGGCUGUGCGCCGUCGCAGACCAGGGCGUACAACCACACCCGCUGCAACGAGCGGCGCAACCUGGCCGCCACACUCCACAACCACCACCUUGCCAAGAAGCUGGCCGACAUGGAGGACGUGCUGGUGGUAGACCUGAACGCCGCCUUCAGCAUGGUCCUUCGGGACGACGGGAGCGUUGACAUCGCCAAUCUCUUUAGGGAGAAGCUUGUGCCGUGUUGCGAGAGCACGGACCCCAAGGGGUACUGCGGGCAGGUAGACCCGGAGACGUUGGAUCCGCUCUACGACGUGUGCGACGAACCCCACGUGUUCUUCUUUUGGGAUGAGAUGAACCCGACCAUGGUCGGGUGGCAGGCCGUCAUGGGCCCGCUCGACUUCCCCAUCAGAAAGUUCCUAGGCCUUGUUAAGUAGAUGAUGCAUCCGCGUGUGCAUGCAUACCGUGUGCUUCACCUUGAACUAUAUGUUAGCGCCGAUAAGCAAAAAUCUGAUAUGGAACCUAUUAUCAUAUCUUAAUCUAGAUAGUGUGUAUUCUGCAGUUGUUUCUACUAUAGUUUUAAUAUUUGAUUGU